AUGCAGUCCAUAGAGCUUUCUCCCUCAUCGACAAGGACAAGCCAAAAGGAACCCCUCCCUCUCCUCCCCCGAAAACGCCAGCCACAGAACCCCAAUUACCCCCUAAAGAUAGGGAAAGACGAGACUAAUUUAAUGAAACUCCCCUCUGAUUACAAGGACUCGUUUGUUGAAAAGCAUGGAGUGAAGCUGAGACUAAUGUCUGGAUUUGUUAAAGCGGCCAUUAGCACUCUACAGAAGCAGCCAAUAUUGAAUGUUGUUAUUGAGUGCAUUUUUUGUGAAUGCUGUUCUUGGUUUUUUUAG